CCGGGACACCUAUGCGUCGUGGGGCUUCACGCUCGCCGGCUUUAAGUGAACAGUGCGCAUGCGCCGACUUCCUCUCUUUCCGGCCGGAACCAUGGAGGGCGCAGAAGAGAAGAAGAAGGUUCCUGCUGUGCCAGAAACGCUUAAGAAAAAGCAGGUUCCUGCUGUGCCAGAAACGCUUAAGAAAAAGCGAAGGAAUUUCGCAGAGCUGAAGAUCAAGCGCCUGAGAAAGAAGUUUGCCCAAAAGAUGCUUCGAAAGGCAAGAAGAAAGCUUAUCUAUGAAAAAGCGAAGCACUAUCACAAAGAAUAUAGGCAGAUGUACAGGACCGAGAUUCGAAUGCACUUAGAACAGUGCCUGGUGCAUUGCAUGCCCUUUGCUUCUUUGAAUCCAGCCUCUUAA